CUAUUAAAUAUCGACGAAUUCACGCGAUUUCAGUCAGUAGAGCAUCGCGAGCCGCUUGAGCUAUGUCGUGAGGUUGACAGGCGUCAGUCGUUUAGGAGACAGGUAGCAGUGCUUCACAGUGUUUGGUUGUUGCUUGGUGUUUGGUUGGCAAUUCGAUUCGAUUCGAGAGAACAGAAACGAAAUAGCGGGUGAAUUUUUCUUGGUGCAAAAAAACAGACAGAACCGAAGUGUCGUGAUCAUGUCCGUUUUGCCGAGAAACGUGAUCGAAGCCAUCAAGGAGCAUGUGGCUAUGAAAGGGAUGAAGGAUCCCAAGUUCGACAUUUCCAGUGGCUCUCGCAACGGUGACAGUUAUUCUGGGGAUGUGUAUCGGAUUGUGAUUUCACCGGACGACAAAGACGUCGAGGAUUGCCGCAACAAUAAUAGCGAGGGUGCCAUCACCGAACAUUCGAAGGUCAUCAGCGUGAUCGCCAAGGUGGCCCCGACGAGCCAACUGCGGCGAAGUUUGUACAACAGUUCGGCGCACUUCCAGCGCGAGAAGUACAUCUUCGACAUCGUGCUGCCGACCUUCGAGAAGUUCCAGGAAACGCGAGGUCUGAAGCCGGCACGGAUAUUUACCCACUAUCCGACGAUAAUCGCUUCCGACUGCAGCGAGGGACGAGAGUUCAUCCUGCUGGAGGACCUGUCGGCGGCGCAAGGCUAUCGAAACUUUCAACGAACGGAACCGUUGGACUACGAUAGCGUUUCGGAGAUUCUGAUCUAUUUGGCACACUUCCAUGCCGUUUCGUUCGCUAUGAAAGACCAAGCACCGGACAUUUUCGAGAAAAUCGUAGGCCAGCUGAGGGAGACCAUCUUUGUGGCUCCGUUGCACAGUUCAUUUGAGGGUUUCCUCAAGCGUCAGGUAGACUAUGCGAUGAAAACGUUGGAGCACAGCCCGGCUAAAGGAGACGACGAAGUCAGCAAGCGGCUGUUUCGAUUCCGAGACGAGUAUGGACCGUCGAUGGUCGAGUGCGUGGACAACCGGGAUGAUGUGGUGAUCUGCCAUGGCGAUUGCUGGAUUAGCAACAUUUUGUACCGACAAAAGAUUACCUCAAACCAGAAGGAUCUGAAGUUUCUGGACUGGCAAGUUUCGCGCUGUGGAACCCCGGUAAUCGAUCUGUCCUACUUUAUUUUCUGCUGCACGGAUACCGAACUGCGUACUCGGCUGCCCGAGUUGCUGAAGAAGUAUCACACCGCGCUGCUUCAACGGAUCGACGAACUUGGUAGUGACGGAGCCAAGCUGUUCCCGUUCGAAACACUGCAGCUGCAUUUGAAAAAGUUUGCACGAUUCGGAUUCGGAAUGGCACUAAUGACCCUGCAUACCACUUGCUGCGUGGAGAAGGACCUGCCUGACAUUUCGACUACGCUGGAGAACUCCGAGCUGGUCGAUCUGGACAAGUACGCCAAAGAUUUGCUGUACAAUCCGGCCUACAUCAAGCGCAUGACUGGCGUCUGUCGGGAUAUGGUGAGGCUGGGCUAUCUGUAGGUCGUCGUAAUACCAAAAUGCUUCAACAAUAUUGCCCGACAAAAAAGAAACACACAAAGAGAGGAUUCAAAUUUGUUCGUUCAACUAGAUUAAGCUAGAUUAAGCUUUUGUUCAAACUAGGCUAACGUUGUUUGACAGUACUUAGAGUCAGAGCCGCUAACUAAAAAAAGGGGUAGUAUUUCAGUAUUGCAACGUGAAAUUCACACUAAACAUUCGCUGCCUGCCAAUGAACUGGGGGCUGGGAGAAAACGCAAACCACGCACAGGGAGUAAAUCUAUAGGAUCUAAGACAAAAACCAAACGCUACAAACGAAGAAUUACGAAUCGUAAUUGGCAGUAAUCAUCACAUUUUAGUGAUUGGCAUGUACAAUUGGUAAUAGAAUCGUAUGAACUACAUAAUAUAAUAAUAUAUUGAAACGCACUCUGCCUUUAGACAGCACUUCGAUACUCAGUUUCUGGUGUUUUCUUUCCUAGGUUAGUUUCUUGUAAUUGAAUAUCUCAACCAAGAUAUGACAUUAGCUGAUUAGAAUGAACUAUGAUAGUAUUGUAACGUCAGU